AUGCAACAGCAAUGGCAGCAGCCCAAACAGCAGCCGUGGGCGGAGCCUCGCGCGGCAGCUAACAAUAGCACUAGUCCCCGCUCCAACCAGCAUUCACAUUUGGCCGCCCAAAAUCAAAUUGCCAUGCCUAAGGCUUUGACAUCUUUGCAAAUUACUGAGAUCAAGCAGAAAUUGUUUCAAAAGGAGACAAUGGCGAAACUCUCCAAGGAGUACGGCGUAUCACCGAAAACUAUCAAGAGAGCGAGUGAAAACGAUGAGAACGCGUCGCCAAACCGUCAAUCUCAAGGCGUACGAAAGUUGCAAGUUAAUUUGACGAUCCAGCAGAAGAUGGAAAUUAUUAGCAAGCGGCAGAAAGGACAAUGUACACAAGAUUUGGCUAAGAAGCGGGCUGUGGCUUUGGAGCAAGAGAAGCGAAGUUUGGACUGCAAAAGGAUUCACGCGAAAGAAAAUGUGCGCGACAGAGCGUUGUUUUUGUGGUUCAAAAAGAAAUGCGCUGCAGGAAUUCCAGUGUCUGGCGAAAAGAUGAAGGAAGAAUCUUUGAGGCUCAACAAAGAAAAGGGUUUGUCGCCUGAUUUUAAAGCGAACAAUGGAUGGCUGAAGAAUUUCAAGAAAGGUUACAACAUCCGUGAAUUGGCGACACAGGGAGAGAAAUUGUCUGCUGAUACUGCUGGAGCAGAUAAUUUCAAGAAUACGCUAACAUCUUAUCUUGAAGAAGAAGGCUACGACUUGAAUCAAGUUUACAAUGCCGAUGAAACGGCUUUGUAUUACAAGUCGCUGCCGAAAAGAACCUUAGCAGCCGGAGAUGAGAGGCAAGCGUCGGGCUUCAAAGAAAUAAAGGAAAGAGUAACUGUCAUGUGCUGUGCCAUUUGUCAACAUCGCCACAAUGUAGUCGUUAAAGAAGUUUGUGAAAAAUAUCCCGAGCAGAAGAAGGUUUUACUUCUACUGGACAAUGCUCCAUGUCACUCGUCAAUCGAAGAGCACAACCAAAUCGAUGAACCGAUUCGAGUGAUGUUUCUGCCGCCCAAUGCCACGUCAUUGAUCCAGCCGAUGGACCAGGGGGUCAUCGCAAAACUGAAGAAAAUGUUCCGAAAUAAGCUAGUAAAAGAGCUCAUGUUGCAAAAAGAAAGUCGCUGCAUCGUUGAUAUUGUCAAAAAGCAGACUAUAAAAGACUGUUGCUACAAACUAGCCUCAUCUUGGGACGAUGUCACUCCAAAAGAUAUCCGUAACGCUUGGAAUCGGCUCUUGGGAAAGGAUGAGUCUUUGUGUGAACAAAAUGUGUCUACAGCAGAGGUUAACUUGUUAUUAGCGCUUCUCAAAGAUUCUCCAGACUUUGUCGACUGUAAUUUUGCAAUGGCUGCAGCCUGGAUUGAGGAGGAUUUUCGCGAUAAUGCUUGGGAACAGUGCGAUGUAGUUGAGAUUUAUGAUAGACUGAUAUCUCCAAGUAAUAGUUUUGAAGAGAAUUCCCACGAAUGA